GUUAAUCGCUGCGAGACAGCAAAGUGGGGGAAAUGCCCCCGAUAUCUGUUUACGCCGCUAAUGCUAAUGCUAGCAACUGUACCUUAACGGGACGCUCUGACCUGCUUUGUUGUUCAAAGGAAAUGCCGCGACCUAAGAUAUAAACACGACCCGGCAGCUGGGAAACAAGGUCCUUUUUUUCUUGGCCGCAGUAUCUUUCAAGACAAAGCACAAUGUCUUGCCGGGACAUUCACGCCACCAACGCCUUUGCCUUCAUCAUCGCCUUUGUGUCUGUGGCUGGCUUGGCCGUGGCAGCGUUAGUCCCUCAGUGGCGCGUGACCCGUCUGGUCACCUUCAAUCGCAACGCCAAGAAUAUCAGCGUGUACGACGGGCUGUGGACGAAGUGCGUCAAGCAAGACGGCUAUUCAGGAUGCUAUUACUAUGAUGCAGAGUGGUACUCCAAAGUGGACCAACUGGACCUGAGGUUGCUUCAGUUCUGCGUCCCUGCGGGACUGGCCUUUGGCUCUCUGGCCCUGCUGCUGUGCAUGGCCGGCAUGUGUAAAACCUGCUGCUGCUCCGACAAGCCCGAACCGGACAUCAAGGGCCUCCGCUUCUUGGUGAACAGUGCCGGCUGUCACCUGGUGGCAGGCGCGUUUCUCUUCCUGGGCGGCGCCAUUGCUAUCGCACCCUCUGUGUGGUUCCUGUUUGGUACCAAGGAGCUGAACAAGAAAUACGACAACAUUUUCUCUGAUGGCUUCGCUCCGUACGUGUCCAUAGGCUGCUCCGGAGGAUUGAUGCUGGCCGCCCUGUUCAUGUUCAUGUGGUACUGCAUGUGCAAGAAGCUGCCCUCGCCAUUCUGGUUGCCCCUUCCCUCUAUGUCCACCUCCGCGUCCACCCAGCCGCUCACGCCCAACGGAUUCCCACCGUCGCCGGUUUAUGCUCCUCAGCCCAUGCCGCCUCAGGCCCAUCCCCCCACAGUGAUUGACACACAGCAGUACGUGCCCACUCAAGGUUACAUUCAAAGCGUGGCCGCCCCCGCACCACCGCAAUUGUACGUGUCUCAGAUUCCUGCUCUCGAUGGUUAUGGCUCAGAGGUGGGACGGACCCAGGCCUACAGCUACGCACCCUCGCAGACCUACGCGCCCUCCCAAAGCUACGCCCCCUCACACAGUUACGCGCCCAGCUACGCCAGCCACCGCUACUCCACACGCUCACGGAUGUCGGCCAUUGAGAUUGACAUUCCAGUGGUGACACAGUAAGAAAUGUCUUUUCAGUUUACAUUCAUGUUAUCAUUCUCUGAGAGGUUCAUCUUAAAUUAAUGCUCUCUAUGGGCCUGACUAAAUCGUAGAAGUGAGCACGAGUGAAGAGUUCUGGAUGUAUUUUAUGAUAUGAAGGAAAAUUAAAAAAUUCCAGGGUGCACAGAAGAGUAUGUCUUGGGAGAAUACUAAAAUUCAGCCCCUGGCCAUGAAUGAGUGCCUACAAACUAACUACACUGAAUGCCAACUAUUUAUUGGUUUUCUUGGUACAGUGGAACCUUCAAAGUCAAACACCCCAAAAGCAAUGCAAUUUGGAUUUUAACCUUUUUUUAUUUUGUUUUUAGAAAGAUAUAGUGAUACAUUUAUUUAUUUUUUUUAGUCGACUUAAUUCACAACAAACAGUUUGUAAAAUAAUCUGCAAAUAAGGCUUCAAGAUGUGUAGUGACACUUUUUUAGUGGGAAAAAAAAAACUUCGAAGAACCUCACUACUUUCAACGUCCACAAUCUUAAUGCAAAACAGACCUGGUGUUAUAACACUUUAAGCAAUGGAUAUUUGAGCACAAACGGUAGAACAACACCACAUAGACAGACAAUAUCACAAUUUUCACGGCCAUAUUUUGUAUAUCCUCUGUAAAAAAAAAAAAAAAAAAAAAAAAUAAUAAUACUAUAACUGCAACUUACUGAGUCAUUUAGCUGUGAUAGUCGUCUUUGUCUGAAUGACAGUAUAAAAAGGCCUCUUGGCCACACAUUAAUGGGGAGCAUAAGGCUUGAAACACAACAUGGCAUUUGCAUUAAUUUCACUGGCCAAAGAUGAUUUGUGAUACAAGUGUUUUGAGCCCGGUCACGGAACAAAUGAAACUUUUAUGCCAAGGCAUGCGACAAAUUUUGGGUUGUGUAUGAAACCACCGUCACGUGAUCUGAUACGUGUUAUCAGCAGAUUUCAAGAGACUCCAAAUUAUGUAACAUCAAAAUCAUGUUACUAUCUGCUUGCUUAGCUUUUUAUUUGGGCUUUAAACUAAGUAUUACAGGGAUGUGAUUUGACUGAGUAAAAAAAAGACAGAAAAAUAGCUGGGGUUCAGGGGGCUGCAAACAUGAUCAAAGGAUGAUCACCAAUUUUAACAUGCAAUUUUUCUAAAUUGUAUUAUGAAUGAAAUAUAUGUCGUACAUCUAUAAAUAAAUGAAUUUUUUCAAAAUGUACACAAUGUUCAUUAUUUUUCAAAUUACAAAUUCAAAUACAAAUUCAACCGAGUAAACUACUAGAAGUGAAACUAAAUUUAAUUCAGAUUUGCAUCAUGGCAUGCAAGCGUGCUUUCAUAGCAUGUAUAUCGUAUCUAUUCAAAAACGUUUUAAUUUCUUGUUUUCGUAAAUAAUUGAAAUGCAUGAAUUUGACCACAAUUAUUACUGUCAUGUUUUGGUGUCAGCAAAUAAUACUGACAUUUUUACAAGUAAUUGCUUCUGAACUCUCACCUCGUUAUUGACUACCCUAUCUACAACUGGGGUUAGUUGUUUCGGUGUUCCACAUUCGACCAAUCAACAGACGAGUAUCAAAUUUUCAGCCUAACUUGCAAAAGUCGGAUCAGAAAAUGAACCGAGUGUGGAUUCUGGCACGGGUUACAGUCGGAAUAGUGCAGAAAAAAAUGUUUUGUUUUUUUUUUAAUCUAUGUAAUUUAAAAAGACUGAAUUCCACCUAUAAACAGAAAAAUCACUUGUCUGGUAUUACCUGUAAAAGCCGACUCUGGCAGUCUCUCUGUUGUUGCAACUUUUGAUGUCGCCACAUGGGCUCACUCACAUGAUUAUUUCCGUUAUACAACCUGUAUAUUUUUUUUAUCUGGCUUGGGAAUUGACUCAAACCUGCCCCAUCUGAAUGAAAGGCGCCAGCAUCUCCCACCUGACUGCAAGUGGGCUUUCUUUUUUUAUGUGUUACAUUGUAUAUAACUUUUAAACUUGUACAACACUGUUACGUUAAGAUUUUCACAGGUGUUUGAUUUGAGGUUCCACUGUACAGGGCCAAUUUGUCAUGAUUCCAUGCAUGUACAAUUACCUUUGGUAGCCUUUCCACUGAAUGGCAACUACUGUAUUCUGCUGUUACAUUGAAUGCUGAAGAGUCAGAAAUUGACUUCAGGAUGAAGGUGCGUGAGAUCACUACUAUUACUUUUCUGUAACAUGAAUCACUGUUUAUGUGGAACACCAAUACACUUAUUGUGCGUACUAAUGAGUACAUUGCGUGCCAGUUUACAAUGAAUGUUUUUUUGUGUUCUCUUGUGUGUUACUGUAUGAAUUCUAAUCCGAAAUGACACUAUGUAAAGAAUGAUACUUGAUGGAAGUAUGUUUUUACUUAAAAUAUUGUAGGAAAAAGCACCUGUAGUGCUUUAUGAAGUUUUAAACAGUCCUGAACAGAUUGUUGUUUUUUGCAUAAUGAGCACACGUAGCAUUUUUAUUGACAAAUGCCUAUCAUUUUAUUUUGUAAUAGAAGUCAAGGAAAAAUCUUUUUCUACCCUCACUUUUUUCCUAUUAAACAAUAUAC